GUGGAUACAGCUACCCAUGAUAUGACUGUAUAGAGUUCAGAUAGCGAAACCUUGACUUUUGAAGUUAAACAUUCAUUCGGCGAUAAAGAAUUGUCACGUGUUUGGGUGGACCAGGCUGCUGCAGGCCUCCUGGCACUGGGACUGAAGAGGGGGGACCGACUGGGCAUGUGGGGACCCAACAUAUAUGAGUGGAUCCUGUUCCAGUUUGCCUCAGCCAAGGCUGGCAUCAUACUGGUGUCUGUGAACCCAGCCUAUCAGGUGCAGGAGUUGGAGUUUGCUUUGAGGAAGGUUGGAUGCAAUGCCAUUGUGUGCCCAACCCAGUUUAAGACCCAGAAGUAUUGUGACAUGCUCAGGCAGAUCUGUCCAGAGAUGGACACUGCUAUUCCAGGAUCGGUCAAGAGUGCCAGACUCCCUGACCUCCAUACAGUGAUAGUGACAGACAGCCGGCAGCCGGGGAUGUACCACCUAGAGGACGUGAUGCAGGCAGGGAGCAGCCAGCACAUGCAGCAGCUGGAGGAGCUGCAGAAGAAACUGUCCUUCGACGACCCCAUCAAUAUUCAGUUCACAUCGGGUACGACGGGGAUCCCCAAAGGUGCCACCCUCUCCCACCACAACAUCGUCAACAAUUCCUACUUCAUUGGCAUGCGACUUGGAUAUGACUGGAGGUCUCAGGUACGCGUGUGCCUGUCUGUGCCCAUGUACCACUGCUUCGGCUCGGUGGGUGGUGGCAUUGUCAUGGCCACGCAUGGCAUCACGUUGGUCUAUCCCUCCACUGGAUACGACGGACGUGCCAACCUGGCAGCUAUGGAGAGUGAAAGGUGUACCUUUGUCUAUGGCACUCCUACUAUGUACAUCGACAUGCUGGGCCAGCCUGACUUGGCCAAGUUUGACUUGUCGUCAGUGGAGGGAGGCGUCAUGGCUGGUUCCCCGUGUCCACCUGAAAUAGUGAAGAAGGUCAUUUCUACCAUGGGCAUUAAGGAGCUCGUAAUUCUUGAUGACAGCUUUGCACACUCUUGGCAUUCUCUCAACCAGCUUCAUGAGAUCGGCUAUGGAACCACAGAGAACAGCCCUGUGACAUUCUGUGGCUUCCCAACAGACAAUAUGGAGAGGAAGUCAGAGACUGUUGGGUGCAUUACCAGUCACUUAGAGGCUAAGGUAGUUGACCCUGGCUCUGGUCAGAUCAUGCCUCUCGGGAUAUCAGGAGAGCUGAUGAUCAGGGGCUACUGUGUAAUGCUGGAGUACUGGGGGGAUGUCGCCAAGACAGACGAGUGCAUUACCAAAGAGAACUGGUAUAAGACUGGUGACAUCGCCACCCUGGACAAGUAUGGCUUCUGCCGCAUCGAGGGUCGAAUCAAGGACAUGAUCAUCCGAGGAGGGGAGAACAUAUACCCAGCUGAGAUUGAGCAGUUCCUACACACCCACCCUAAAGUCCAGGAGGCACAGGUGAUUGGAAUAAAGGAUGAGCGCAUGGGAGAGGAGGUGUGCGCCUGCCUCAAGCUGAAGGCGGGACAGGAUUGCAGUGCAGAGGACAUCAAAGCUUACUGCAAGGGGAAGAUUGCUCAUUUCAAGAUCCCGCGUUAUGUAACAUUUGUGAAGGGCUACCCGCUCACAGUUUCAGGAAAGAUCCAGAAGAACAAACUGCGUGAGCAGACAGAGAAGUUUCUGGAACUGUGAAGGACUGUGAAGUAAUGAGAGAAAGUCGGGCUAGACAUGGUGGCUCAUAUCUCCGAUGCAUGGCAUAUGUUUUCACUCCACUCUGCCAAAGCACCUGCUGAAAUCAAAGUCAUUAUGGCUGCAGCCCAAUUCAGCCCAAUUCUUAUCUUUUAUCCACUAAUAUUUUUUAUUAAAGAGCUAAUGUGAAAAGAUCUGAUGUGAUUGGACAAAAGACUAAUAAUUGGAAAAUAUAUCUGAAUUGGGCAGCCUAAGGGCUCUAUUAAAUACGUAGCUCUGAAGAUCCACUUUACAGAGCGAUUGACAAUUAAAGGCGAUGUUCCCGCAGUCGUGGAGACUGCAUUCACGGUAAUCACAGAAAUUACCUUUAAAUUUUAAACGCGGAUCUUCCACGAUACGGAUUGAAUCCAGCCGUAAGUGCCAUCAUUUGUGCCUUUUUUAAUGCAAACUUUUUUGCAGAACCCAUUGGACUAAUGCUGUUUUAGUAGGCACAGUUUAACAGGAAAGCGAAGCCAUGUCCAACAGUCAGAUAAACACUUGCAGCCAAAUGAUUUUACUGUAUUUUUAGGACCGAUCAUGUAAUUGUGACAGCCUUGAAACCACCUCAUCAAUCUGUGACUCGGGGUUCUAUUCCGUCUGUAAAACUGAAGCGUUACAGAUUCCGCGAUUUAUAAAAUGUAAAAGGUCAUUUCCAAUUGAGCUGACAUCUGCAGGGUUUAACGCCAAAGCGGGAACAUUGCCUUUACAUUUCAGUGAAGCUGUACUUCGGCGACGCAGAUUGAAUAGCGCCCUUAUAUUACAGCUGCCUAUAUGUCAAAAUAAAAAGCAUGUACCUCACCAUUAAAA